GAAUUUUGUUAUCCAGUACCAUGGGACAACAUAAGAAUCCACAACAGAUUUAGCGACCUUGCGACUGUCUUACGCCUGCUCGUUUCCCAGGGUUUGCGCCCGCUCUCCCUUCCUUUCUGCGGCAUUCGCGCUCCCGGGAGAGCUCGGUAUCAUAAGCAACGAUGAUAAUGAAGCUAGCAAGCUCGCAGCCUGAAAUAGGGAGGCCGUAGGGCGAGGCUCGGGUGCCAUGUCGUCGGCCAAGGCCAAGAAGGGCAAGAAGGAACGGGACGAGAAAAAGGAGCCCAUCAAUGAGGACGUUGCCGACGAAGAAGCAUUACCCUGGAAAAAUGUAUUUCGUCCAACGUGCGCCCAGGCUCCAAAAGAUAACAGCUUCACACUCGAUGACGAGUCUUUGUCGUCGGCUGUGGAGGGGCUGCUGUCCUGCCUCACCGUGUCGGACCCCAACGAGGAAGGCAACCCCACCUGCUUCGUCAGCGCCGGUUUCAUGUCCAUGAUGGGCGUCAGCGAGCAGGAGUGCCUGGGCAGGAACAGCAACGUGCUGCAGGCUGGCAAGGUGGACUCGCCGGUGGCUGAGGCGCAGCGCACGGCGGUGGCAGAGCGGCGCGUGGUGUCGCUGGAGCUGAACAGCACCCGCAAGGACGGCCGGUCCUUCCCGAGCCUGCUGAGCCUGGUGCCGGUGCUGGGCGGCGACGGCGGCAGUGUGCUGCACCUGGUGGGGCUGCAGGCAGACCUGGAGGAGCGGCGGCGGCGGGGCGAGGCGGCGGACGAGGCGUUCGUGGCGCGGUGGCAGGAGCAGGUGAGGCACCACCUGGCCGCCUUCGCGCUGGUGGACGUCAGCGGCGGAGGGGGCGGAGCAGCAGCUGCAGCAGCCGGCGGAGGAGGAGCAGGAGCGGCGGGAGGGCCGGGCGGCGGCCGGGCGGGCACGGCGGGCUCCAGCUCGGGCCCCGCUCCCGCCACCACUGCUGUGUGCGGCGUGUCUCCCGGGUUCACUGCACUGACGGGCUACAGCCAGGCGGACGUGCUGGGCUGGAACCUGCUGUGCCUGUGCGGCCCCGACUCCUCGGAGCGUGACAUGCGCCGCCUCAUCACCAGCCAGUGGAGCCACACGCCCAGCCUCACAAAGCUGCUGUGCUACAAGCGCGACGGCACGCCCUUCUGGGCGCUGGUGCUCAGCUGCCCGAUCACGCCCGCCGCGCCGCAGCCGCCGCAGCAGCUGGGUCGGGGGCUGGUGGGCGGCAGCUCGGGGCGGGCGGCGCAGGCGUACGGCGGACUGGCGGGCCGCGCGGGCGGGCUGGGGUUGGGCGGGCUGCUGGGCGGGCUGGGCUCGGCCCUGGGGAAUCAGGGCGGCGGCGCCGGCGCCGGCGGCGAGGGCGGCGGGGCUGGGUCGUCAGCUGUCAAGUACUGCCUGUGCUGCGUGGUGGACAUCACGGCACAGCGGCUGCGGCGCAUCGUGGGCGGCAAGUACGUGCUGGGCAAGGUCAUCGGGCAGGGCGCGUUCGGGCUGGUGCGCAUCGGCAAGAACGUGUCCACAGACGAGCUGGUGGCCGUGAAGAGUGUGGACGCCACCCGCUUCCGCAACAUCGCCGAGAUCGACCAAAUCCAGGAGGAGAUGAGCGUGCUGGCCAGCCUGAAGCACCCGCACAUCAUCCGCCUGUUCGACGUGCACUUCCAGAACAACACCUUCUUCCUGGUCAUGGAGUUCGCGGGCGGCGGCAGCCUGGUGCACUUCAUGCGCCACCACGGCGACCCCGUGCGCCACUGCCUGGACGAGGCCACCGCGGGCCGCGUGUUCGUGCAGAUGAUCUCCGCGCUGGACUACUGCCACCGCAGGCGCGUCAUCCACCGCGACCUCAAGCCCGAGAACAUCCUGCUGGACGACGCCAACAACCUCAAGAUAGCGGACUUUGGGCUGGCGGCAGUCACGGCGCCCUUCAGCGGGGGACUCACGCUGCAGUGCGGCACGCCCGAGUUCACAGCUCCCGAGAUCACUGUGGGCCGCGAGUACGACGGCACCAGUGUGGACAUCUGGUCCAUGGGCGUCAUCCUGUACGAGGCGCUCACGGGGGUUCUGCCCUUCAGGGGCGCCAACCAGGCCGCGCUGUUCAAGGCCAUUCAGAAGGGUGUGUACGAGCCGCUGCCCGCCUCCCUCAGCUCCGAGUGCCGCGACCUGGUCCGCCGCAUGCUGCUGGUGGACCCCUCCUCCCGGGCCGCCAUGGACGACAUCCUGCGGCACCCCUGGGUCAGCCGCGCAGCCGCCAGCCCCGGCCUGGGCGCGGGCGGGCGGCUGGGCAGCUCCAGCGGGUUGCAGGGGCUGCUGCCCAGCGCCGCAUCGCUGCCGGAGCCGGCGGAUGAUGACGCGCUGAUGACACGCCAGUCGUCCGGCGCGGUCGGCGGCUCGGGCCCGGGGCUGGACGGCGGGCGGCCGUCCUCCUCCCUGUGGCGCGGCGACCGGCCCGACCUCAACAACGGCAGCGGCUCGGCGGGGACAGGGGCGGGGUCGGGGGCGGGUCACCGCGGCGAGGGUCUGGGCGGUGACUCGCUGGGGCCGCCCAGCUACGCCUCCUCGCGGCCCACCAGUGCGGGCCUGGGGCCGGGCGGCGCCAGCCUGGGCCCGGCCUCGCCCGCGGGUGUGGGCCUGUCGAGCGGCCUGUCGGGCGGCCUGUCGGGCCUGGGCCUGGGCAGCGGGCUGCCGGGCGGCUCGGGGCCGGCGGGCGGUCUGCACGACUCGGUGAAGCUGGUGCUGCCGUCCGGGGGCACGGACCCCAAGGACGACCCCAUCCUGGCCGCCAUCCUGCGCAGCCACGGCCACGGCACCGGCGACCCCAACUCCCCCUCGCGCAACAGCGGCGCCGACGACGGCGACGACGGCGGCAGCGACUCCCUCCGUGUGCAGCCCAGCGCGCAGUCGCUGGCGGCGGGAGGAGCGGGUGUGGGGCGGCGCGACUCCACGCCCGUGUCGGCGGCACGCAUGGGCGCAGGCAGCCGCAGCAUGGGCGGCAUGCCCACGGCCGCGGGCGGCGGGCUGCACGGCGGCGGGCAGGGCGGCAAGGCGCGCGGCGGCGCACUGCUGCCCACACUGGCGGGCGGCGGCGCCUCCAACCCCGCGCUGAACGGCGUGCUGGGCGACAGGCGAGCGCCCGAGUCGUCCAGGUUCAGGUCGCCCGCAAGAGGCCCGGUGCCGGGUGGGACAGGCGGCAUGGGGCGCGGCGGCGCCAGCACAGGGCGCAUGCAGCCGCAGCAGCAGCAGCAGCAGUCGUCGCCACUCUCGGGCCAGAACGCAGAGAGCAAUGGGAGGCAGCUGCCGCCCAUCCAGACGGCACGAGCUGCCAGCAAAAAGGGGAACGUAGCGGCUCGGUAGUGGUGAUUGGGGGUGGGGGUCGAAAGGUGGAAACUUGAGAUGGGUACUGGCCGGCUCGCAGGCUUGGUGGGGGAAUGUUUGUGUUCAGCCGCGGCCCCGGAGGCUCUUUCUAGGAAUAGGAAGGAGGGCUCAGUCUUAGGCAAGCUUGCAGGAUGCUUACUCGGAACGCGUGCAGAAUAAGUUGGCAGCUACAGAACAGCUGGUCUUGAAGCACAAGUGCAGGCUGGAGGUGAGAUUGCCCUGCGGGCUGCAUCGCCCUGCGGGCUGCGGCCCGCGGCAUGCUGUAAAUGCCAUCGGGCCCCAAAUUCGCCGACGGCGUUGGGGUUUGGGGCGGUGGUUCUACGGAGCGUAGAAGUUCUGGCGUGGACUUGGCGGUAAAGACGUUUGGGGGUUUGAGGCGCAUGCCCCCAAGGGAAAGAUUUCCGGGCGUUGAUGCUGCGGGAGUGCUGCGGGAGGGGUCACCUAGUACGCUGUGUGUGUGAUGGGACAGAGUUUAGGCAGGUUGGCGAGGUCCCGUAGGGUGCAGCUGAUGCCCAUACCCCAAGCAGACGCUGUGUAGACGCCGCGGGCCCGAGGGCAACUACACGGCACUGAGAUGCAGUACCCUUUGCGGCUGUGUCCUUACCGUGUGUUCAGGGGCGCGGCAGCGACGCAAUGCGUAUCACGCAACGCAGCAACAGCUGGAGUGGCAGGGCUAAGGAACGUGCGAGGGCACUUGAGGGCCUGGGGAAGGGGCAGCCCGGGGGCGCGGUUGACUGCUGAGGCAGGUGCCAGGAUGCACGCGUGCCGGCCGCGAAUUGACCCGA